AUGGUGCACAGUCCCUGGCAUGCAGUUCGUCGAUUUGUCCAGAAGAACCAUGGCCUGAUGGGAAGAAUGUAUGGUGAAGAAAGACACAUUUCCGUCCUCAGAGCUGAAAUUGUGUCCAAUGAUGUGAAUUACAUGCACGACAAUGAAUGGAAGCUAGGAGAAUCGCGAAGAACAUCAUUCAGAAAUAAGGCUCCUGUGACAAGUGCCACUACAAAGGAACAGAAGCAAGAAGCUCUCUCUUCAUCUACCUCAACUGAAGCUCCUCAAGGAACAACUACAAACACUAAGAGCACUACACAGAACACGACACAGAAUCUGAAGCCAUCUCCAUUAACCACUACCAAUUUUUCCUCAAAGUAUAAUACCACCCAGCAUACAACUGUAACACCUGCCAGCACACUGCUGACAACUACUGCUCAAGAUAACAGCACAAAUUUCAUUGAAGACUCUACAGAAGACAGCUUUAUGGGAUCAAGCCUUGUGCCAGAUCUUAUUACUGAUCAGAUUGAAAUUACAACUGACACAGUUAUUGUUACAAAUACUCACAUAACAACUACUGAAGGGACAACCAGUACAACAGCACAGCUACUGAAGGAGGACGUUUCAGAAACUAUGCUUUUUCAAGAUGCACAAGCAAAGCAUAAGGAACAGCCACUGCCAGCACACAGACUUCGAGGAGUGAAUGCUUGUCCUGUGAAAGAAGAAGUUGUAGCAUCUUUUUGGGCUAACAACACCCGUGGGGAAGUUCUUGCUUUAUUGAAUUUGUAUCCAUUUGAGCAAUAUGUUAACUGGGAAAAAUGCACGUAUGAGCUGAAACAAAUGUACUGUCGUGAAGGGUGUCGCUGUGAACAACAGAAUCGUCUUCACAGACUGUUGGCGUAUGACCCCAACAAUGAAUGUCAUGGAAUAUUCUCUGAUUGGUUUAAAUUUCCGUCAUGUUGUGUUUGUCGCUGCUAUGACCUGCCACCUGAAUUCCUUGUUGUUUGA